AUGGAGAAGGCUCCGGGCAGCGCUGACCUCCGCUGGAGCUCGGUCUCUUUACCCCUGGAUCUGAUCGUGGGCAAAUUCCGCUUACCCACCCUGGCCCGGCUGAGCUCAGGGGAAUAUAUAGAGGGAUUGACCGACCAGGAUCUAUUACUAAUCCAUUCAUGCAGGCAGUGGACAACAGUGACUGCACACAGCUUAGAGGAGGGCCACUAUGUGAUUGGACCGAAGAUUGACAUCCCUCUGCAGUACCUCGGAAAGUUUAAAUUGCUGGAUCAGGAUCGCGAUGUCAGGGAGCCUGUGCAGUAUUUUAACAGUGUUGAGGAAGUGGCCAAUGUUUUUCCAGACCGUGUUUUCGUUAUGGAGGCAAUAACAUUCAGCGUGAAGGUGGUCUCUGGUGAAUUCAGUGAAGAUAGUGAGGUCUACAACUUCACAUUGCAUGCUGGUGAUGAGCUGACGCUGAUGGGCCAGGCUGAGAUCCUCUGUGCCAAGACAGUAAAAGAGAAAUCCCGCUUCAACACCCUAUUGCGAAAACUGGGCAAAACUAGCACUCUAAGCAAACAGGUCAAAGGCAAGAUGCCAUGUCUUAUCUGUAUGAACCACAGGACCAAUGAGAGUCUUAGCCUUCCCUUCCAGUGCCGGGGAAAAUUCAGCACUCGCAGUCCCCUUGAGAUGCAGAUGCAGGAAGGAGAGCAUACCAUCCGCAGUAUUAUCGAAAAGGUUCGACUGCCAGUCAAUGUCACCGUUCCUUCUCGUCCACCCCGCAACUCUUAUGACCUCCAUUGCAUUCGUGAAGGACAUCGCUAUAAACUUGUCAGUAUUAUAUCAAAGACUGUAGUCUUGUGCUGUAUCAUUCGUAAGGAUGCUAUUAUCCCUUUGCACUUUCUGCUGCUCUCAGAUAUGCCCAGGUUUGUGCUCCCUGAAGGGUUAAUCCGAGGCAACCCCCUUUAUGAGAGGUUAGUGCAAGAAAUAAUGUUGUUUAGCCAGGAGCAUUUCAAUGCUGAUGAGUACUCAAAGGCAGUCCGGGAGGUUAAAACAGACUUUACUGAUGAUUGCACUAGUCCAAGAAGAAUUAGACUUUGCUUGCAAGGAUAUACAACUAAUUCACUGAACUAUGCCCAGAAUGAGCUGACCCAAUCAUUUCAAAGGCUCUCUCUGUGUGCUUUCAGCGGUGCUAUGUUGCACAGCAGUGGGGAGGUUACCUUCCAGAGUUGCAGGGAUUCAAUCGGGGAGCAGCAAAUUAUGCCACAUGAAUUACUGACUCCUCCAGAGGUGGCUGACAUGGACAGAGAGUAUAUGACACCUGAUUGGACAGAAAAUUACUUUAGGACUCAAGAGCAGCCUGAAAUUCCCUAUGAGGAACUAUGGACCAAUCAACCAACUGAUAAUUCAAAGGAUUCCUGCUGUGUGGUCACAGAAAGUGAGAUCAAGACACAGCAAAGCUCCAUCUCUUUCUACUCUCAUUCUUCUAUAUCCCCCAAAGAAGAUCCUGUUCUAUCAACUCAUCUGACUGUAUUAAAAAUGGGAGAAUCGAAAAUGCCAAGCCCACCUCCUGUCCCUCCAAAAUCAGAAGCUGUGAAGGAGGAAUGCCGUCUUCUAAAUGCUCCCCCUAUUCCUCCAAGGGGUGCUAAAAGUCUUCCUACUCCAAGCCCACCGGUUCCUCCUCGAUUUGCAAAGACCCAUCUCCAGCAAGCUCAUUCACCGAGCCCUAGUCUGUCCUAUUACUCAUCUGGUCUUCAUGAGAUUUCUGGAACCCACAGUGGCAGCUGUUCACCAUCCCCAGACUCGUAUUCACUUUACUGUUAUCCAUGCACAUGGGGAGACUGCAAGGCUACAGAUUCUUCCAACCGUCCAAUAUCAGGGAAUAUUUCAACAAAUAUCCAGAAUGUACAAACCUCCUGGUCAAAUCCAUGGGCAUAUUCAGACAAUGUUCAAAGCAUGACCAGUGGGCGAUCUAUAUCCCAAUUAUCAGGAGAUGCUGUUCACAAAAGUUACUACAGUUGUCCUCGACUGAAACCUCCAAGUUCUCAAAAACGGUUUGCUCCUUUUGGAGCACUAAACCCUUUUUCCAAUCCUAGUUACUCAUCUAGUUCAUCAGCAAGAAAUUGGUUGGAAUCUUCUGAUCAUAAUAAGUCUCCAACCACUGCGUCAGAGCAAUUUGAUCCUUUUGAUCCUACAGUCAGUCGUAGUACUUCUCCUGAUCCAGGCUCCGUCAGCGUUUCUGGAGAGUUAAGGUACAAGCAGGAAUUUAGAAACUGUGUACAGGAUUCAUUAUAUAAACAGACUGAAAGCAUAUCUUGUCCUGUCCCAUCAUCCCGGCCACCAAAUGCCUGUGAUUCAGACAACAACAUCGUCAUAAGAAGUACAGCUUCUCUUUCUCCUACUAUUGUGAGAGGUGCUGAGGGUGGAGUCACAAGGGUUUAUCUCACACAAGGAGUUAUAAAGGUUCCUCCAGUGUCAUCAAGAAGUACUACAGAUAUACCAGUUUCUGUCUCUUCAUCUAAUACCCCGAGUGUGCCCAAAUUAAAUGAUAGUGGUUUAUACUGGUACCCACCAUCUGACCUAUCUACUCUUUCUGUGGAGGAAGUGUCCAAAUGCCUACGAUUCAUAGGCCUUUCAGAAGAUGUGUUAACAUUCUUUGUUCGUGAGCGGAUUGAUGGAAACAUUUUUGUUCAGUUGACUGAGGAAAUCCUAUCUGAUGAUUUUAAGCUGACAAAGUUGCAAGUCAAAAAGAUCAUGCAAUUUAUUAAAGGAUGGAGACCGAAGAUUUAA